AACAAUAUCCCCCUACACCAAUCUCCGUUCCUGCAUCUCCGAGCAGGGACCGCCAAAGGACGCGGCAUCUUUGCCAGCCGCAAGAUACCUUCGGGAACGGUCAUAGACACAAGCCCCGUCCUGGUCUUGGACCCCAAGGAGAAUGCAGCGUACAUCGAGAAGACGGUCCUUUACCACUACACCUACAACUGGCCGCUCCCGGACAGGUUGAGCCAGAAGAUGCUCAAAACGCAGGCCGUCGUGCUCGGCUUAGGGUCGAUGUUCAAUCAUUCAACUCGCCGGCAAAACAUUGGCUGGACACGAGAUCUGGAGAACGAGGUGAUCAUUUAUCGUGCGUUGCGCGACAUUGACCAGGGGGAGGAACUGUGCAUUUCAUAUGGAAGCCGUUUGACGUUCGUCGAUGCCGAC